GUGCCAUAUUGUUUAUUGUGGUGAUCAAUCUACGCUGGCAACCCUUGCUAGCGGGAAUUAGAGAACAUUAAUGAAUAAAGCUAAUACAUAAUUUUACCGUCGGUUGGAAUAUGGAGCAUGUAGUUAAACUGCCCCAUAUAGGACCAAGUAAGGGAAAGGCAACAGAUGAACCAAUAAGAUUUCUCCCUGCCUUGCCAACAUCAAGAGGAAAGCCAGCAUGGCAAAUAAAUCAACCAACUUUUAUGCUAUCUAGUCGCAACAAUGAUGAAACACCUGAGCGCAUUGACUUUAUAGGUGAAAUAACAGGGGAUGCCAAAAAGAAUAAGAAGCACCCAUUGAAGCUUAAACCCCUUGACCAAACACAGAAGAAUGGAGAUAUUGACACAUUCAAACAACCUAAAAGAGACAGAGAGAACUUUAGAAAGGCCUUGGUGGAAAUCAUUAUGGAGCAACAGGGGAGCCUGCCUAAAACAGCAGCAGACAUGGUUGAAAAUGGUGAAAUACCAGAUGUACCUAGAGUGCCCUCCCCUACAUCAGCAGAAAAAGAUGUUUUGCGCUACUACUACUACAUUAAUCAUGGCAUAGACACUGAGCAUGUUGCACCUAUGGAAGACUCUUGGCUUGAACAUGUUCUCAAUCUUGUGUCAGAUGACUUAAAGGAGGGUCAUGCUGAAACAAUUGAAAGCCUCUCAGAUGAGAUGAAAGAAGACUAUUUGCUCAGUGUCAAGAAAGCUAUAGUGGACUUUGUGCUGAAGGAUCCUAGACAGCAGGAUGAUGACAAAGAUGAAAAACUUCCACCUCACAGAGAGGAAAUGGCAGUCAAGCCAAAACCAUGGAACAAAUCUUUUUUGGCUGCUUUGGAAUACACAUCAGAGCAUCUCCAUAACACCAAUCCAUGCAUGAUGCAAGUUCUAGACCUGUGGCACUUUAGCUUUGGAAAGCUCAGAUUUAUUGACAUUGAAGAGUUCCAUUCAAGAGAAGAAUCAAUGGAGUUGGGCAUCUUCCAAAACCUUUGCAUGAGACAUAUUGAAGCAGCAAAAGAAAAAUUACUCAAAAAAUGGUUUAUUGAAGUCCAGGGCAUUUUCUACCAAGGAAACAAAAGAAAGCAAGUGCCUACCAGCCAAGAGCAAGAAAAACUCGAGUCUUUUUUCAACUGUGCAGCUACUUUGAUGAGCCAGAACCUACAGAACCUGACUCUUGACUCCAUAGAUGACUACACAAAUCUGCUUGUACAACCACCUACUUCAGUUAGAGCUUAUGAACAUUCUGGAUUUAUUUUGCGUCUAAUCUUGGAAGAAACUGAGAUCAAAUGUGAGCCCACCUUCAGUGAUUUUCAGGUGGUGCUAGUCAAUGUCUUUGAUGUAAUAAUAAAGGCAUCCAGGGACAUCCCUCGCAUUGAGACUAAACUCUAUUCUGAAUGGAGUGGCAACAAAGCCAAGGCCUUCCUGCGCCCUGUUGUCCUUGAUGAGAUUCUUGAUGUCCACAAGGCCAAGGUCAAUGAGCUGAUCAUUCAGGAGAGUGUCAGGCCCACAGAACACACAAAGCACUAUGAGAAGUAUGCUCAGCUCAUUAGCAGACAGGCUGACGAGGAUGUCACCAAAUUUAUUGAAGAGCAGCACAGCUUUGAUGACUAUGCUAAAGAGUUGUUGAAGUAUGGCAAGCUGGUGGAUGAGAUUAUGUACAACUCUGUCAAGGUUGUGAGGCUGGGGAUGUUUGAAGUACAUUGUGAUGAACUAAUUAGAGCACUGACCAAACGAGCUGAAGGUCUGCGCAGCCGUUUAUUGGCCAAAAUGUGUGAGGACCACCAGAAAGAAAACAAAAAGCUUGUGGACCAGUACAGGGAAAUAUCUGACAAGGCACUCUCCACACCUGAAAACACAGAAAAGCUGGUAGAGCAAAUGGCCUACAUCAAUAAAUGUGAAUCUGAAACCAUAUUCCUUCUGGAGAAACAGCUGAUCCAAAGCAAGGACCGCCUGACUUUCCUCAGUGACCACGCCAAUUUUUCACCAACUGAAACAAGACUAAAUGCUGAAGUGUUUAAAUGGAAUCAAAGAAUGCCCUUGGUAUUUGAGGAAUACAAACAACAAGCUAAUGAGAAGAAGAUGCAAUAUGAGGAAGCUCUUAAGCUUCGACGUGAGCGCUUCAUUGAAGAAUUGGAAAGUUAUGCUAAACAAGUUGAAGAGUUCCAAGGAUUUGGGGACAUGUCAGAAAUCAACAGAUACCUUAAAAAAGCUCAGGCACUGGAUAGCAAACUUCAAAUUGCGGCUGACAAGAUUGAUGCAUUUAAUACGGAGGAAGAAGCUUUUGGCUGGGAUGUGACCACGUACCCCCAGCGUAUGAACAUCAUCAACAACCUGAAACCUUAUCAGCAACUGUACGAACUGACUGUUGACUUCAACACCAAACACAAAGACUGGAUGGAUGGCCCUAUGAAUGGAGUUGACCCAGAUGUUGUGGACCAAGAAGUUGGCAACUUCUGGAGGUCAUUGUACAAACUGGAAAAAACAUUUGAUUCUGUACCUGCCGCCAAGAAAAUAGCAUCAAAGGUCAAGGUAAAAGUGGAGGAGUUCAAGGACCACAUGCCUCUGAUUCAAACACUGUUCAACCCUGGCCUAAGGGAGCGUCACUGGGCUCAGAUCUCUGAGAUAGUGGGCUACAACAUGCGUCCUGAUGACUCCUACUGCCUGAGCAAGCUGGUGGAUAUGAACUUGGAUCCUUUCAUCCCCAAGUUUGAGUCCAUAUCUGAGUCGGCCAGCAAGGAGUUCUCACUGGAGAAAGCCAUGCAGAGCAUGAAGAAAGAAUGGGCACCGUUUGAGUUUGUAGUCAUACCAUACAGAGAGACAGGGACGUCAAUCCUGUCUUCCAUUGAUGACAUUCAGCAACUGCUGGACGACCACAUCGUCAAGACACAAACCAUGCGAGGCUCCCCCUUCAUUAAACCAUUUGAACAAGAAAUUAAGGAAUGGGAAGGCAAGCUGAUGCUGUUGCAGGAUAUUCUGGAUGAGUGGCUCAAAGUUCAGGCCACCUGGUUGUACCUAGAGCCCAUCUUCAGUUCACCUGAUAUCAUGGCUCAGAUGCCGGAGGAAGGGAGGCGAUUCGCCACAGUUGACAAAAACUGGCGAGACAUCAUGAAAUCUGUAAACAUUGACAAACACGUGUUGGCCGUGCUCAAUAUUGACAAGAUCCUAGAGAGAUUGAAGAAAUCCAAUGAGCUUCUUGAACUUAUCCAAAAGGGACUGAAUGAGUAUCUGGAGAAGAAACGACUUUACUUCCCGCGUUUCUUCUUUCUCUCUAAUGAUGAACUUCUUGAGAUUUUGUCUGAGACCAAGGAUCCCACACGUGUACAACCACAUUUGAAGAAAUGUUUUGAGGGCAUCGCAACUCUGGAGUUCACUGAUGUCCUAGACAUUACCCACAUGAAAUCAAGUGAGGGUGAAGUUGUCCUGCUCAAGGAUGUGAUCUCUACCUCCAAGGCCAGAGGUCAGGUGGAGAAAUGGCUGCUGGAGCUAGAGGCUGACAUGGUUGGCUCUAUACACAAGGUGAUUGGAGAGUCCAUUCUGGCCUACAAUACAAGUCCUCGCCGUGACUGGGUCAGGAACUGGCCAGGUCAAGCAGUUUUGUGUGUCUCACAGAAAUACUGGACAUCUUUUAUCCACGAGUCCAUUCGGAUAGGACAUGAGUCCCUUGCUAACUACCUUCAACUAAACAACACGCAGAUUGACGAAGUUGUGGCCCUUGUCAGAGGGGACCUGUCCAAGCAGAACCGUGUGACCCUGCAGGCUCUGAUUGUGCUGGACGUCCACGCCAGGGACGUGCUGGCCACAUUGGUUGAUGACAAGGUCUCCAGUGAACUGGACUUCAAGUGGCUGAGCCAGUUGCGCUAUUACUGGGAGGAAAACCAAAUGGUGACUAGAAUGAUCAACUCCAAACUGCCCUAUGGCUAUGAGUACCUUGGGAACUCUGGACGUCUGGUCAUCACCCCCCUGACUGACAGAUGCUACAGAACUUUGUUUGGGGCACUUCACCUUCACCUUGGUGGUGCCCCUGAAGGCCCUGCUGGCACAGGAAAAACAGAAACAACCAAAGAUUUGGCCAAGGCUGUAGCUAAGCAGUGUGUGGUUUUUAACUGCUCAGAUGGACUGGAUUACAUUGCUCUUGGAAAGUUUUUUAAGGGUCUUGCCUCUUGUGGCGCCUGGUCAUGUUUUGAUGAGUUUAACAGAAUUGACCUGGAAGUGUUGUCUGUUGUUGCCCAACAGAUCCUAACCAUUCAAAGAGGUAUUUUGGCUGGCUCAGACACACUCAUGUUUGAGGGAACAGAGAUCAAGUUGGACCCCACCUGUUCUGUGUUUAUCACCAUGAAUCCUGGCUAUGCUGGCAGAUCUGAGUUGCCAGAUAAUCUUAAGGCUUUGUUCAGAACAGUAGCCAUGAUGGUGCCAGACUAUGCCCUGAUUGCUGAAAUCUCUCUGUACUCCUGCGGCUUCGUCAACGCCCGCCCCUUGUCUGUAAAGAUUGUGGCUGUGUACCGUCUGUGCUCCGAGCAGCUCUCAUCUCAGCACCAUUAUGAUUAUGGCAUGCGUGCCGUCAAGUCUGUUCUCACAGCUGCUGCCAAUCUUAAGCUGAAAUACCCAGAAGAAGAUGAAAACAUUCUGAUGUUGCGUUCCAUCAUUGAUGUCAACCUCCCCAAGUUCUUGAACCAUGACCUCCCACUUUUCCAUGGCAUAACCUCUGACCUUUUCCCAGGGAUCAAACUCCCAGAGCCAGACUAUGUGGAUAUUAAUGCUGCCAUCAAGGAAAACUGUGAGAAGGAGAACCUACAGUGCACAAAUUUCUUCCUAGAGAAAAUACAACAGAUCUAUGAGAUGAUGAUUGUCCGUCAUGGUUUCAUGAUUGUGGGUGAACCACUGGGUGGUAAAACAAGCGCCUACAGGACCCUGGCUCAAGCCCUGGCUACCCUCAAGGAGAAGGACCUGAUGAAUGAGAACAAAGUACAGAUAACAGUCAUCAACCCUAAGGCCAUCACAAUGGGUCAGCUGUAUGGUCAGUUUGACCCUGUUUCUCAUGAAUGGUCAGAUGGUGUACUUGCUGUGUCCUACAGAGCCUUUGCUACAUCCACUUCUGAUGAUCGCAAGUGGUUGAUAUUUGAUGGUCCAGUUGACGCCAUCUGGAUUGAGAACAUGAACACUGUGCUGGAUGACAACAAGAAGCUCUGUCUGAUGAGUGGUGAGAUCAUUCAGCUGGCCCCCACCACCAAUCUCAUCUUUGAGCCAAUGGACUUGGAGGUGGCCUCCCCUGCCACUGUGUCUCGUUGUGGUAUGAUCUACAUGGAGCCUCAGACACUUGGGUGGCGCCCUCUAGUCAAGUCCUGGAUGAACAAACUCCCAUCAACCCUGUCAGAAGUUCAUAAGGGAAUCCUCAAUGACAUGUUUGAAAGAUUUGUUGAUGCCGGUUUACAGCUGGUUCAUAGGGCAGGGGUCAAGGAGUUAUCUCCCACAACAGAUUCCAAUCUAGUGGUGGCGCUGAUGAAUCUGAUUGACUGCCAGCUUGAUGAAUUCCAUGAUGAGGCCAAGAUAGCUCAGCUAGAGGAGAGAGAAAUCAUUACAUGGUUGGAGAGCAUUUUCUUCUUUGCCUUGACCUGGUCACUGGGUGCCAGCAGUGAUGACAAAGGUCGGCUCAGAUUUGACAAGUUGGUCAGAGAAUUGAGUUCUGGUGGAAUGACAGAAGAGACCAGGAAAGCUAUUGGCCUCGUUGAUCUCAUUGAGCCUCCAAUGAAACCUUACGUUAAUCCUCAUCCACCCAAAGGCAAAAUUUAUGACUACAAGUUUGUGAAAGAGGGUUCUGGAAAGUGGGUGCCGUGGUCAGAUGAAAUCAAGGACACACCCCCAAUACCUAAAGAAGCGCAGUUCAACGAAAUCAUAGUUCCAACAAUUGACACUGUGCGCUACAAUGCCUUGAUGGAGAUGAUGAUUUUACACAACAAGCCAUGUCUGUUUGUUGGCCCAACUGGUACCGGCAAAAGUUGUUACAUUACUGACUUCCUGCUGAACCGCUUGAACAAAGACGUCUACAAACCAAACAUCAUCAACUUCUCAGCCCAGACCAGCGCCAACCAGACACAGAACAUCAUCAUGUCCAAGCUGGACAGAAGGAGGAAGGGAGUGUUUGGACCCCCACUGGGCAAGAAGGCGGUUGUGUUUGUGGAUGACCUGAACAUGCCCCUCCAGGAGACCUACGGAGCACAACCCCCCAUUGAGCUGCUGCGGCAGUGGCUUGACCACUGGAACUGGUAUGACCUGAAGGACACAUCUGGAAUUAAGUUGAUUGACAUACAGUUUAUGGGUGCUAUGGGACCUCCAGGAGGUGGUCGCAACCCAAUCACUCCCAGAUUUUUGCGUCAUUUGAACACAAUAACCAUCAAUGAGUUUGAUGAUGAAACCAUGGUCACCAUCUUCAAAAACAUCAUGGACUGGCAUAUCAGUGCAAGAGGUUUCAGCAACGAGUUCAAGCUGUGUGCCGAGCAGAUUGUGUUAGGAACACUACAGGUGUACAAGGAAGCUCUGCAGAACCUGCUGCCCACCCCCGCUAAAUCACAUUACCUGUUCAACCUGCGAGACUUCUCCCGCGUCAUUCAAGGUGUUCUGCUGUCAACACCUGACACCAUGGAGGAGCCCACCUCCAUGAAGAGGCUGUGGGUGCAUGAGGUGUUUAGAGUUUACUAUGAUCGUCUAGUUGACGAUGGAGACAGAGACUGGCUUUUUAAGACCACCAGAGAAAUCAUCAAGGACAAAAUGAGGGAAGACUUUGAUCAUAUUUUCAGCCAUCUUGAUGCAGAUAAUGAUGGAAAAGUGACAGAGGAUGACUUGCGAUCGUUGAUGUACUGUGACUUUGCUGACCCCAAAUCAGACUCUCGUAGUUAUGUAGAAGUGCGGGAUCUGGAAAACCUGCGUCACAUCACAGAAGGUUACUUGGAAGAGUUCAACAACAUGAGCAGGAAACCAAUGAACCUCGUCCUCUUUAGGUUUGCCAUUGAGCAUGUCUCAAGAAUUGCUCGCAUCAUCAAACAGCCCAGAAGCCACGCCCUCCUGGUGGGUGUGGGUGGGUCAGGUCGUCAGUCCCUGACACGUCUGGCUACCCACAUGGCAGACUACGAUCUCUUCCAGGUUGAAAUUUCAAAGAGCUACACAACCACAGAAUGGCGAGAAGAUUUGAAGAGAAUUCUGAGGAAAUCCACAGAGACAGAGAACCAUGCAGUUUUCCUGUUCUCUGAUACACAGAUCAAACAAGAGUCCUUCCUUGAAGACAUCAACAACCUGCUCAAUGCAGGAGAGGUGCCCAACCUGUACCCAACAGACGAGAAGGCUGAGAUUUGUGAGAAGAUGAGAACUAUUGACAGACAACGUGACAAAACCAAGCAGACGGAUGGCUCAAUUGUGGCUCUGUUCAACCUUUUUGUGUCCCGUGUGAGGGACCAGCUGCACAUUGUUCUAGCAAUGAGCCCCAUUGGUGAUGCCUUCCGUAACCGCCUUCGGAAAUUUCCAUCCCUGGUCAAUUGCUGCACAAUAGAUUGGUUCCAGAGCUGGCCAGAGGAUGCUCUACAAGCUGUUGCCUCACGUUUCCUGGAGGACAUUGAGAUGGGAGAGGAAGAGAGGGCAGGCUGCAUCAAAAUGUGUAAACAUUUCCACACCUCCACUAGAGAUGUAUCAGAAAAAUUCCUUCUAGAACUUGAGCGUCACAACUACGUGACUCCUACCUCAUAUCUGGAGCUUAUUAGUACAUUCAAAUCUUUACUGGACAAAAAAAGAGAGGAAGUGAUGAAACAGAAGAGGCGUUACGAGGUUGGUCUGGAGAAGCUGGACUCUGCUGCCUCCCAAGUCUCAGUCAUGCAGAAGGAGCUGACUGACCUUCAACCUCAGCUUGUCAUCGCCUCCAAGGAAGUGUCAGAAAUCAUGGUGGUCAUUGAGAAGGAAUCUAUUGAAGUUGCUAAAGUUGAGAAGGUUGUGAAAGCUGAUGAGGCGGUGGCCAAUGAACAAGCUAGAGCAGCUCAAGCCAUUAAAGAUGAAUGUGACUCUGAUUUAGCUGAAGCUUUGCCAGCCCUCAACGCCGCCCUCGCUGCACUGGACACUCUCACACAGCAGGACAUAACAAUUGUCAAGUCGAUGAAAUCCCCUCCCUACGGCGUGCGUCUUGUCAUGGAGAGCAUCUGUGUGCUGAGGGGUGUCAAGCCAGAUCGUAUCCCUGACCCGUCAGGCUCCGGGAAAAAAAUUGAAGAUUACUGGGGACCUUCUAAAAAACUGUUGGGUGACAUGAAAUUUUUGGAAAACCUCCACACUUUUGACAAGGACAAUAUCCCUGUGGCCUACAUGAAGACCAUUCGGGCCAAGUACAUCCCCAACCCCGACUUUGACCCAGAUAAAAUUAAAGUUGCGUCCACUGCCUGUGAAGGCCUAUGUAAAUGGGUCAGGGCUAUGGACACAUAUGAUAAAGUUGCCAAAGUCGUGGCACCAAAGAAAGAGUCCCUGAAGAAAGCAGAGGGUGAACUAGCUGUUGCCAUGGCAUCCCUAGAGAAGAAGAGAGCAUCACUCAGGGAAGUUCAGGAAAAACUGAACAAGCUGCAGCAAAAACUGGAGUCCAACAAGGCCAGGAAAGCUGAGCUGGAGAAUGAGGUUGACCUCUGCACUAAAAAACUGGCCAGGGCUGAGCAGCUGAUUGGUGGAUUGGGUGGCGAGAGAGACAGGUGGAGCCAAGCUGCAAAGGAUCUUGGGAAGAAAUACAUUAACCUGACAGGGGAUGUUUUAGUGUCUGCUGGGAUUGUAGCGUACCUGGGGGCUUUUACCACGGCUUUCAGACAGGAAACAUCCCAUGAGUGGUUGAAAACAGUCCAGGAGAAUCACCUCCCUUGUUCCUCAGACUUUAGUUUAAUCAACACGCUGGGGGAGCCAGUCAAGAUUAGAGAGUGGAACAUCGCAGGUCUGCCUACAGACAACUUCUCGCUGGAGAAUGGCAUCAUCAUCAGCAAUGCUCGUCGCUGGCCGCUGAUGAUUGACCCCCAGGGUCAGGCCAACAAGUGGGUCAAGAACAUGGAGAAGGCCAACAACCUCCACGUCAUCAAACUCAGCGACGCAGACUUUGUCAGGACGCUGGAGAACUGCAUACAGUUUGGAACCCCAGUCCUGCUAGAGAACAUCAACGAGGAGCUGGACCCUAUCCUGGAGUCUCUGCUGCUCAAGCAGACGUUCAAACAAGGAGGGAGCUUGUGCAUCAAGCUGGGAGACUCCACCAUUGAGUACUCGAGUGACUUCAAGUUCUACAUCACAACCAAACUCAGGAACCCACACUACCUGCCUGAGACCGCUGUCAAGGUCACCCUGCUGAACUUUAUGAUCACGCCAGAAGGUCUGGAAGAUCAGUUACUUGGUAUUGUUGUUGCAAAAGAGCGACCGGAAUUAGAAGAGGAAAAAAAUCAACUUAUACUUCAAAGUGCAGCUAACAAAAAGCAACUGAAAGAGAUUGAGGACAAGAUUUUGGAAGUUCUGUCUUCAUCAGAAGGCAACAUUUUGGAAGACGAGACAGCCAUUAAAGUUUUGUCUUCAUCUAAAAAACUAGCCAAUGAAAUCUCAGAGAAACAAGCCAUUGCAGAAGUGACAGAGAAGAAGAUUGACACCGCUCGCAUGGGCUACAAACCAAUCGCCAUCCACAGCACCAUCCUGUUUUUCUCCAUCGCUGACCUGGCCAACAUAGAGCCCAUGUACCAGUACUCCCUCACCUGGUUCAUCAACCUGUUUAUUUUGUCCAUUGAGAACGCUGAGAAGUCAGAGAACCUUGACCAGCGCCUGCACAACCUACACGACCACUUUACCUACUCUCUGUACUGCAAUGUGUGUCGCUCUCUCUUUGAGAAGGACAAGCUUCUCUUCUCCUUCUUGCUGUGUGUCAACAUACAAAAACACAACAAGGAGGUCAACGAGGAUGAGUGGCGCUUCCUGCUGACCGGAGGCAUCGGCCUGGACAACCCUCACUCCAACCCAACCACCUGGUUGCCCUCCAAGUCUUGGGAUGAGCUGUGUAGGUUGGAUGACAUGGAGAACUUUAAGGACAUCCGCAAGAAACUCAUGACACAAAAGGAACAAUGGAAAGUUCUCUAUGACAGCUUGGAACCUCACCAUGAGACCCUGCCUGGUGACUGGAACCAAAAGCUGGGAUCUUUCCAGAGACUUCUUGUGCUGCGCUGUUUUAGACCUGAUAAGGUUAUACCAGCAGUGCAGGAGUUUGUCACUGAGAAAAUUGGUAAACAUUUCAUCGAGCCUCCGCCCUUUGAUCUGCCGAAAGCUUUUGGUGACAGCAACUGCUGCGCUCCGCUGUUGUUUGUCCUGUCUCCUGGUGCCGACCCAAUGGCUGCCCUGCUCAAGUUUGCUGACGACCAGGGCUUUGGUGGUGGGAAAUUUGAUUCCCUGUCCCUUGGUCAAGGUCAAGGCCCAAUAGCUCUGAAAAUGAUAGAAAAAGGUGUGAAAGAAGGGACUUGGGUCAUGCUGCAGAAUUGUCAUCUAGCCUCGUCUUGGAUGCCAACACUGGAGAAAAUUUGUGAGGAGUUUAACCCCGAGACAACCCACCCAGACUUCCGUCUGUGGCUCACAUCCUAUCCAUCGGAUAACUUCCCUGUGUCCAUCCUCCAAAAUGGUGUCAAAAUGACCAACGAGCCGCCCAGUGGUCUGAGGUUUAACAUCAUCAAAUCUUACAUGAGUGACCCGAUAUCUGACCAGGAAUUCUUUAAUGGAUGCAAACAACCAGCCAGAUUCAAGAAGCUCCUGUAUGGUCUGUGUUUCUUCCAUGCCCUGGUACAAGAGAGGAGGAAGUUUGGACCCCUGGGCUGGAACAUUCCCUACGAGUACAAUGAGACAGACCUGCGCAUCAGCGUCCAGCAGCUGCAGAUGUUCCUAAACGAGUAUGAAGAAGUCCAGUACGAAGCCCUCCACUACCUGACAGGUGAGUGCAACUACGGCGGCCGUGUCACGGAUGACUGGGAUCGCAGGACGCUGCUGACCAUACUCAACCAGUUCUAUUGUCCAGACAUCAUCAACAAGGACAACUAUUUCUUUGAUGACAGUGGCUUCUACUACAGUCCCAAGGAGGGAGAUUAUGAGAGCUACCUGGAGUACACAAGGAACCUGCCCUUGAACCCAUCACCUGAGAUUUUUGGCAUGCAUGCUAAUGCUGACAUCACCAAGGAUCAAAAGGCUACUCAGUUAUUGUUUGACAACAUUUUGCUGACACAGGCUAAAGCAUCCAGUAAGGGAGGCAGGUCCACUGACGACAUCGUGGAUGAUGUGGCUUCAGACAUUCUCAGCAAACUCCCACCCAACUUUGAUACAGAUGCUGCAUUGCGUAAAUACCCAACAUCUUACAGUCAGAGCAUGAACACAGUGUUGGUCCAGGAGAUGGUCAGAUUCAACAGACUUCUGGCUACUGUACGCACCAGUCUGGCUAACAUUAAAAAGGCAAUCAAGGGUUUGGUGGUGAUGUCAGCGGACCUAGAGGAGGUGACCCUCAGCAUCCUGAAGGGCAAGAUCCCGGGCAUGUGGAUGAAGAGGUCCUACCCCUCCCUGAAACCUCUGGGCAGCUACAUCAACGACUUCAUCACAAGGCUCAAGUUCCUACAAGACUGGUAUGACAAUGGACCGCCUUCAGUUUUUUGGAUUUCCGGAUUCUUCUUCACACAGGCCUUCCUUACAGGCGCCCAGCAGAACUAUGCUAGAAAAUUCACCAUCCCAAUUGAUCUGUUAGGCUAUGAUUACGAUGUGCUAGAAGACAAAGACUAUGAUACACCACCAGAAGAUGGUGUGUUUGUCAAGGGUCUGUAUGUUGAUGGUGCCAGAUGGGACCGGAAGAUUAAGAAACUGAACGAGUCCAUCCCAAAACAGCUGUUUGAUACUAUGCCAACAAUGUGGCUGAAACCAUGCAAGCGCUCAGAUCUGUCAGAUAAACAAGCAUACAGAUGUCCAGUCUACAAGACCAGUGAAAGAAGGGGCACGUUGUCUACCACUGGUCACUCUACAAACUUUGUUAUUGGGAUGAUGAUUCCAUCAGAUAAACCACAACAGCAUUGGGUACGGAGAGGUGUGGCACUCCUUUGUCAGUUAGAUGACUAGGUGGGGUGUGGUUGUGUGAGGUACUGCUGUGGUUGUGUGGCUGAUCUAGGUGACUAGGACACACAAGCUAAAGAAUUCAGGCUUCUUGGUUUGUCAAUACAAAGUAAAAGGGAACUUUGAAAUUUUCCUUUAUUCUUUAAUACAGUUAUUCACAGUAACAAUAAUUUGCAUGAGCGAUCCUUUACUUUGAUCUAAACAUAAAAAAUAAGCCUAUGCAUAGUUUAUGUAGAUUAACAUUUAUUUUCUGCUAUUCAAUUAAAUAUUUUUUACCUGUGUUGUGACUGACAGGAUUAUUUAAAGAAAGUAUUAGUGAGAAUGUUACUGUAAAUAUAUAUUUGUUAUAUUUUUAUUAUGGAUCUAAAACAUGUUUACUCUUUAAUAGUGAAAACUAUAAUUUAUGAACAUUAUCAUACUAUUAGUUUUAAUGCAUACAAAUAUUUAGUUAUUAAUUCUGUAAAAUAUGAGAGAGCUUUAUCCUGUUUAAAAUAAGUUGUGUUAAUGAAAAAAAAAUUGUGAUAUUGGUUUUACUGUACCUUAUAACAAAUGUAACAUAUUAUGUUUUUUUUUUUUCAAGUUGUUUCAUGUGAUAUUAUACACUAGCAUUACAACAGUAUGUUUAUUGUUUGUAAACUUUACGUUAUCGUUUUAAUACGUAACAAUUAAAACAUUUUUAUACCAGUAUUUGAGUCUGAGGCUCUCCGUCCUAAAUAAAUAAACUUAUAUUUUUCUCUGAUUGUACACCUUGUUCUUAGAACUUUUCUUGUAUCUGUUAAAUGAAUUAACCUGUGGGGUUUUGAUAAUGUAACACUUGAUUAUCACUAGCUCAUGUCACUUUCUAAUGGCCUUCACAUUCAACUCAUUUAUUUUAUAAUCAAUCUAAAAAUUUAUUUGAUUCCAGGUACCUAAUUAAUUAGCAUAUACAAUUUUUUGUUUUGUUAACCGAGUUAGGAGAAUGAAAAAUAAUUCUUCAUUACGAAAAAGUUUUCUUUUUUUCACAUGUAUAUUCAAUGGUCUAAACUUUGUAAACUUCAGUUGUAAAAGUGUUUUUUAAUAAACACAUUCCAAAAUGUUGUUUAACGUCAACUAUUCACAAUAAAAAUGAUUUUU